GCGCGUUGCUGGCGAGCUCAGGGUGUCGGCAUUCGGCAGUGUUUCUAUGACAACGUGCCUAUGACGUGACCUAUUUCGACACUUGCACUCGAAAUGCUGUUGCUGGCCAUGUCGUUGCCGUCAUGCCGACGCGAGGAAGUCGGCACGGAAUGACGAUAGCUUAGUGACGGUAAAUCUCUCGUCAUUCACACAAGCAUCGGCAUCAACAUGGCGGAUAUCUACUUGUUCCUCGCUGAUGCUGGCGUAUGCGAAGAUGAAAGGGCACGCGUCUUUCGCAGACACCGUGACGCCUUUACAGCGCUAGACGAGGAGCAAUUUAUUGCCAAGUUCCGCCUCUGCAAGGACGCAGCCAGAGAGGUUUGCGACGCUGUCGCAGGGGAUCUGCAAAGACCACAGCAAUGGCGCAGCACCACUCUACCAGUUGCGCAAAGGGUGCUUAUGGCACUUAGAUUUUACGCAACUGGUGCGUUUCUUAGCAACAUCGCAGAGGAGGAAGACUUCCUUACGAGCAAGCGACCAGUGUCGGAGUCCAUUCAUGAUGUCAGCACUGCAAUCAUCCGUAACCUUGCCCCGCGAUACCUGAAGUUUCCCAUGUCACCCGAGGAAAAGUUGAGGGUAAAACGAGGCUUUUACGAGAUUGCAGGUCUGCCUGGCUGCCUUGGCGCAAUUGAUGGGACAGCGAUUUCAAUAAUGGCUCCAAGCAGGACAGACCAACGUUUUGUGGAUGGUAACUAUUACUGUCACAAGGAUACCAUGCCAUCAACGUGCUUGGGGUGUCGGACGCUACUCGCCGCAUCCUUUACCUAA